AAUCAUUCAUCCAUUGGUAUACUAACGUUUGUGGUGCUCGCUAAUUUAUAUUUUAUCUAAAUUUUACUCAAACCUUUAUUCAAUUCACGCAAUUUUCAAUUUUCUUAAACAAUACUUUUGAAUUAACGACAUCUUUAUCAGUGUAUGUAAGAAAAAUUACAUCAAAUAUAUCAAGAUACAUACGCACAAAAGUAUCAUUAUGGAGAUAUACCCAGUCACGUCAGUUUUGCAAGGACCUUCUGUUCCAGUAAAUAAAAAAAUAAAACUUCAUAGAUUAUUUGAAAAAAAUGAAAAAAACUACGAAGACCAUUUGGCCGUCAUUUAUGAAGAAAUGGGACAACCUUCAGUACGUCUAUCCUGUUCUGAACUAAAUGCUAUAGCCAACCAACUGGCCAGAGGUAUUGUGGCACGGGCAGGAGCGGCAAAUAGCGAUGCCGAUUUUGUAGUGGCUGUUCAAUUACCACCGAGCGAUGGACUCUUAGCUGUUUUGUUAGCCAUUUGGAAAUCCGGAGGAACUUAUCUCCCUGUGGACCCAACGGCUCCUGAACACCGAAUCAGCCAUGUUCUCGAUGAAGCUAAACCAUGCCUAGUUAUUACUCACUCUCCGGAUGCAGAAGUAUUUGAAAAAAUUAGUGAUAAUGUGUUCAGCCUCAAGCAGCUGAAAAAGUUUUCAGCAACUUUUUCAGCAUCUAAUUUAGAAGAUGAAGAAACCUUAAAUGGCGACCGAUCUGAAAAGACGGCUAUUAUUAUUUAUACUAGCGGUAGCACGGGAACACCAAAAGGUGUACGACUUCCACAUUAUGUAAUUUACAAUCGGUUGAACUGGCAAUGGAAUCGAUUUCCUUUCAGUGAAACAGAAAAGGCGUGCGUUUUCAAAACUUCUUUGACUUUUGUGGACGCAGUGGCUGAAAUUUGGGCACCUUUAUUACAUGAUUCUCCAAGAUGUUUAAUAGUAGUACCCAAAUCAGUGACUAAAGAUCCAGAACGUUUAAUUAACAUAUUGAAUCAACACAAAAUUGAACGAUUAGUACUUGUUCCAUCUCUUUUGCAUGCUAUUUUGCUAUAUUUGGGAAUUUCAAACAACAAUAACCAGUUUUCUUCAAUGGAAAAUCAAAACAACGAGCAAGGUAUUUUGUCACGACUCAAAUUAUGGAUUUGCAGUGGCGAACCUUUACCAGUAUCCCUAGCCAAACAGUUCCUAGACACUUUUUCCGGACAUACAUUAUGUAAUUUUUAUGGUAGUACAGAAAUUAUGGCAGAUGCUACAUAUUAUGCUAUAAAUUCAUAUAAAGACUUGUGCUAUGGAGACAAAAUACCUAUUGGUGUUCCAAUUGACAACACCGAAUUAUACUUGUUGGACAGUCAAGGUCAGAUUGUAACACCAGGUUCCCUCGGAGAACUUUUUGUAGCUGGUGCUAACUUGGCAAGUGGCUAUGUCAAUAAUCGUGAUCCUCAUCGUUUUAUCAAGAACAAAUUUUCUCAAAAUAAAGGUAUGGAUAAAAUGUAUCAAACUGGAGAUUUUGGUAAAAUUGUUAACGGUGUUUUAUUGUACGAAGGAAGAACGGAUUCCCAAAUUAAAGUCAGAGGACAUCGAGUAGAUCUAAUGGAAGUGGAAUCCGCUAUUCAUAAACUACCCAAUUCUGAUAUUGAUAAAUUAGCAGUACUGUGCUAUAAGCCGGGUGAAACUGAACAAGCAUUGUUAGCAUUUGUAGUUUUUAACAAAGACAAAAAUGUCCCUUCUACGAUGCAAAUUGAAGAAAAACUGAGACAUGCAUUACCAGAUUAUGCUCUACCACAAGUUAUUUCUUUAGAUACAAUGCCUUAUCUUAUAAAUGGUAAAAUCGACAGGCAAAGCUUACUACGGAUGUACUCAAACAUGUCGAGUACAAAUAAAGUCAAUAAACUUAUAAUAGACUAUUCCGGUGUAAGUUCUACUAAAAUGUCUACAGCUAAAAGUCUAUUUGAAACUUUAUCUGAUGUAUUGGGCAAUUCACUCCGAUCACAUAUAACAUCAAAUGCAAAUUUUUUUGCUUUAGGUGGAAACUCUCUAAAUGCUAUUUAUACUAUAAGCAAACUUGCUGAUCUCGGAUAUUCAAUAAAUGUUAGUGAUUUCAUUAUUGCUCCUGACUUGGGUACAAUUGUCAAGAAAAUGGUGUUCACAGGUAAACCUGAACUAUCAUGUUGUAGUGAAGACUGGCUGCAAGAAAAAUAUUUAGUUCAAAUACUCGAGCCCAAACAUAAAAAUGAUGUUAUAAGAAUAAUAGCCGAUAGUUUUUAUGAAAAAGCUGAUUUAGAACACUGGCUUGAACCUGCAGUACCUUAUAGUGACUAUACAGAUAUUUUGGAAAUGAUUUGGGAACCAUUGGUAGAAAAAAAACUGAGUUUUGCGGUGUAUUCUAAAGAAUCUAAUCAAAUGGUAGGGGCAUCGUUGAAUUUUGAUAUGUUAGAUGAACCUGAUAUUGAUUUCAAUGGACGUUUAUUGUUAAUUUUUGAAUUCCUUGAAUUUCUUGAAGGUCCUUUAAGAGAUAACAGAUUACCAAAAGGCAAGGGGCGCAUAAUUCACAGUUUUAUGAUGGGCACAGAUAAAUUAUUAGAUGCAGCAACUAACGUAGAAAUAAUAACAUUUAUGGAACAAGAAAAUUUAAAGAUUGGAAAAGCAAGAGAGUUUGAUGGCAUAUUUACAACAAAUACAAAUCCUCUAACACAGCAACUUGGAACAAACGUAUUUGGAUAUAAAACUCUAUUAGAUUAUCAAGUUAACAAAUAUGUUACAUCAGACGGUAUACAACUUUUCAGAAAAGCACCAGACACUCAAAGAGCUAUAUGUUGCUGGAAACUUAUAAUAUAGCUUUUUUUUGACAUAUUAAUUUAUUUAUUUUUAACUUUUGUUAAUGUUGUAUAUUUUUGUUUGUUUUUUAGAGUUAAGAUUAAUUAUAUAUGUUUAAAAAGUCAUUUUUAAUAAACACUACAAAACUCAUUGUUUUAUGCAAAAGUU